AGUCUUAGCCACCGGGACAGUUGUGUUUUCAAAGGCAUAAUCUUUUGAAAGAAUAAUAAUUAUCUUUGGGUUGUAGUGCAAGUUUGCAAAACUUGACCAGCGGUUAACUGACAACUCGCAAGACCGGAAUGAACUUUCAUUAUGCGUUUGUUAUCGUUAUAGAUAUUUAUUUUGAACUGACUGCCCACGGUGUAGAAAAAGAUCGAAAUAUAACCUCACGGGGAUAUCCGAACAAAACUGAUACAAAAAUAAACUAGACCGACGAUUACUCUGACUCAAUUGUGAUAUGUGAACGAUGAAUUUGGAUUAAUUGAAGAUGUUUAAAUGUGAGAAAAUAUGAUCGAUUGAUUUGGGAUCAGUUUUUUUUUUCUCUUGUUUCAUGUCGUUGAGGAUCAGUGAGAAAUUGACACAAACAGCUGAUUAAUAAUCCUGAGAUCUUUAAAAGUGUUGUUCUUGAAAUCAUUUUUGUGUGAUUUGUUUUUAAAAGCUGUGUUACAUUUGAACAUCCAUUAUGUGAUUUGAGAUCUCUUUAGGAAAACAGAAGUGGAAUUUAACGGCUCCUUCCAUGGACAAAUUCUCCGAGACUCGGACCUACCGAUCGACCCCCAGGAACACCUGUCCCAGUCCAAGGCGUGGGACCCCCGACUCUAGCAGGAAUGGUUCCCUCUCGAAGACGCAGCAGUUCCUGGCAGCACCCGACCACCACAAUGGUCUACUUAAUCAUGGGGAGGGAAUUCACAGACGAAGGUCUUCAAUUGCUAUGCGUGCCGCUAAGGCUGUGGAAAAUGUUGCACGUCGGAUGUCAACGCCCAGUUUCUCUAUCGACAAAAUUGAGGAGAACUUGGACAAAGAAAUUAAAGAAGAAUUGGAAAACUCGGAGGCGAGAGGAAUACGUAAAAUAUUGCAGAGUUCAUGUCAGGACAUCUUACAUAGCAAGAAAGUGCUUCUGCUGAUCGUCCUGCUAAAUAUAACCGAUUGCCUACUGGUUCUAGCUGGUCUUAUCCUGGACAUCAACUACAUCAAAGGAAUGCUAAACGCAACCAAACAAUUGACAAAGAAGUUUACUUUUGCAUUAAAGGACAGAUUUCCUCGUUUAUUCGACCAGUUGAGUCCUUAUGACAUACACAAGUUUUAUAACAUAUUACUGGAUUUACCAUUUAACUGCAACGAGCAAGUGACAGCUACAUUACCAGUGACAAACUUCACGCAUUCCGCUGUGUCAUCAAAUAUUACCACGAUAUCAAAUAGAAGUGAAACGAACAUUGGAAUAUUCACAGUGGAGGACCUGCCAUCAUUUCUCACACGUCAUCACGAAAAACAUAAAAUAGAAACCGAUAUCGCUCAUGGUUUUCAUAAAGCCAGCAUAGCAAUCUUAGCAGUCCUUUGCUCUUUGGUCCUUCUGAAAAUAUUCUGUUAUGGGAAACAAUUGAUAAAGAGGAAGAUGGAGAUGUUUGAUGGCGUAAUUGUGAUAGCGUCUUUCAUACUCGACAUAGUCUUCAUUAAGGGCCUAACUGUCUAUCCCCUGGAGGAAACAGUUCAGAUUCUUGCAUUUCUAAUGCCAUGGAGGGUUAUUCGAGUGGCCAACAGUUUGGUAAUGGCUGUUCUUGACCAAGCUCAUCUUCAACUGAAAAUGGUAUAUAAAGAGAAAAAAUUAAUAGAAGAAAAUUUAGAAAUAGCUGAUGACAACAACAGAUACAAUAAAGAAGUAGUUAAUGCCUUACGACGUCUUUGUGAGACAGAAGGAAUAGCAAGCUACAAAGUCCUGAAAACGAUAUGCACAUGUGAAUCACCGAGCAAAAAGAAGAAAAAGAAUGGCAGCUUAAAGAAGAAAAUAACAAGAAAAGUAAAUUGUUUGGGUUCUGGUGUUGACCGAAGCUCUUGUCCGUAUGGCAACAUUCCGGAUAUGAAUGAAGUGACUUUGGAACAUCUACAUCGCAUUGCUAACAAAGCAAACUUUAAGUCCACGUUUGAGGACGUAAACGAGGCAUCUGAUUCGGAUGCUGAAAGUGGAUCUCUAUUAGACAAAAACUACAACGAACCAUAAUUACUUGUAUUCUUAUGCAAUUAAAUCAAAUCUUAUUUAUUUUCUUUAUGUUUCAGAGAAUGGUAUAUGAAUGUACG